AUGAUGUUUGGUUUAACUAUCAUUUGCUGCGUUACUGCUGCAGCUUACGGUCAGUUCUUCAAUCUUGGAAGAUGUCCAGAGCCACAUACACCGUUUGUCUUAGAUUUCGAUAGAUUUGCUGGUAAAUACUAUGAAAUUGAAAGAAGCUUCAAUAAUUGGGAUGAAGUCGGUGGCAAGUGUCCGACAUCUUAUUAUAUACAAAUACCAGAUAAUGAACUACUAGUUAUCCAUUCCGAUAUUUCAGAAAUAACUAACAUGCAAUCAGGACUUAUUGGUAAAGCAACAGUAAAUGGAGCAAAAUUAAGUAUACAUUACCAUAGUCCUAUCAUGGGUGAUAAAACUAGAGAUGUCUGGGUAAUAGACACUGAUCACGAUACCUUCGCAAUUCUUUGGGCUUGUACUAACUACGGAUUCAUACACGUUACAUACGGAUGGACACUUGUAAAAAAAUCUUAUAUUAACCGAGAUUUCUCUGCACAAAUUCAAGCUGCAUUUAAACGUGCUAAAAUUCCGCUAAUGUCAAUGCGCAAGGUUGAUCAUACUAAUUGUCCAUAA